AUGAAGGAGAAGAGAGAAGAUGCGAGGAUGGAAACGAAGUGUAAUGAAAAGGAGAGUGGAAGGGAAGUGAAGGAAUGGAGUGGAAAGGAGGAGGAGGAGGAGGAGGAGGAGGAGGAGGAGGAGGAGGAGGAGGAGGAGGAUUGUGGUCUGAAGAAAUGGUGCAAUGGAUCGCGUAGUCACACUGUUUCUAGUUUGUGUUUGCUGUAUUGGGAUGAGACGAAUUGUGGUUUUGUUGGAUGA